AUGCUUGCAGAAACAACCCAGAUGACAACUCCAAAUACGAUAACUCCUUCUCUUUCCAUCGACAACAUCAACCCAGCCGUAGUUCAAGCCCAAUAUGCUGUCCGUGGUGAAGUAGCCGUUAGGGCUGAGGAGAAUAACAUUGGUAACCCCCAAGAUAUGGGUCAAAAGCCUAUCACGUUUAAUCGUCAAGUAGCAGCUUUAACGGAAUUACCAAGUUUGAUGGACCUUGAAGAGCUUAACUUCCCAACAGACGUCGUCCAACGUGCCAAAGAGCUCUUAGAGGCCAUGGGAGGAAGCAUUGGGGCAUACAGUGCUUCCAAAGGACUUGCAUACAUCCGUGGACAUGUUGCUGAAUUCCUCGCAGAACGCGACGGUGGAGUUGAGGCCGACCCAGAGUUGAUCUACCUUACAACUGGUGCUUCUUCCGGCGUAAAGGCAAUCUUGCAACUAAUCCUCGCAUCAGAGCAAGAUGGAGUUAUGAUUCCUAUCCCACAAUACCCACUUUACUCGGCUACUCUUGCUCUUCAAAAAGCUCACCAAGUGCCGUAUCAGCUUUUAGAAGAAAAACAAUGGGAACCUGAUCUAGAAUCUCUUGAAGAGGUUAUAAAGAAAGCAGCUGCUGAGGGUACACGUACUAGAGCGAUGGUGCUCAUCUCACCAGGAAAUCCUGUGGGAAAUGUCCUCAGUCUUGAGGCUAUGAAUGAGAUCAUCAGAUUCUGCGCUUCUCAUAACUUAGUCUUGAUAGCAGAUGAAGUUUAUCAGGCAAAUAUAGCCAAUCAUGUUUUGAAGAAAUUUGUUUCUUUCAAACGGGCCCUCUCAACCCAUCCUGAUGAGGAACUUCGAACACAAGUACCAUUAGUGAGCUUACAUUCGAUCUCAAAGGGUCAAACGGGUGAAUGUGGUCGUAGAGGAGGAUUCUUAGAGAUUGUCAACUUUCCUAAACCUGUGCAAGAACAACUAACCAAGCUGGCUUCAAUCGACCUUUGUCCACCGAUUCAAGGACAAAUCGGUGUUGAUGUAUUGGUCCGUCCACCUAAACCUGGAGAACCCAGUUAUAAAAAGUGGUAUAAAGAGACACGUACAAUUCAAAAGAACAUGAACAAGAAUGCAGCUCAACUUUCAAAAGUCUUUCAAUCUACUUCUAAAAUGUCUUCAUCUGAAGCUCAGGGUGCCAUGUAUCUCUUCCCACAAAUUGAACUUCCCAAGAAAGCUAUAGAAGCUGCUCAAAAAGCUGGAAAGGAACCUGACUUAUUUUACUGUUUGGAACUUCUUGAAAGAGCUGGUAUUUGUGUGGUACCCGGUUCAGGAUUCGGUCAAGCUGAGAAUACUACACAUUUCCGUACCACUUUCCUUGGUGAUCAAACUGAUGAAUUUGUCAAACGCUUCACCAAGUUUCAUGCAGAAUUUCUUGAAAGAUACAAGGAUUGA